GGUAUUCAAAAUGGUAUCACAACCACAUUGACAUAAAAGCAAUUCGCCGCAUUCUGCAGCCAGUGUUGUUUAGCGCCAAUUUAUCCAACUAGUAUUUGUUUGUAUGUAUGUAACGCAAUGCGCUUUUCGUCACCGUGAUAAACGUUAAAAUUAAGCAAAAAGAAGACAUGUAUAUAAGAAAACCACUAAAUCGACAAGCAGUUCUUUUUGCGCGCUUACGGUGGAAGGAACCAGUCAAAGCUACCCUUGCCAACCGGAAAUAAUAUUGAAAUAAAUAUAACGGUGUAAACUUGGUUGGUGCUUCUUCUGAACUGGAAGAAUGGUUGCCGAAGUUGCGAACAGUUUCAGCCGCUAUUGGGUGGAUCGCCCGCAGACCUUGGCGGUGCUUUCAGACUUCUUCAUCUUUAUAACAGGAGGCAUGAAUCUGGCUGUCAGCGUCGGUUGGUCGAAGAGUGAAUAUACGUUGCAGUUUCGUAUUUGUUGGUAUAUUGGCGUGGCGAUUGGUGCCUUCAUAGCUCCACCACUGGUGCAAUGGAAACGGAAGCGUCUAUACAUUAUUCUACCCAAUCUGCUUGUUGCCGCUUCUGCCAUUAUCGCCGUCUCUGGCUACCAGUACUUGGGCGUACUUAUCGCAUCUCGCUAUAUUGACGGCAUUUGCAUUGGACUGACGACGGUCUCCUUCAUAACGCAUGUGAGUGAGAUCUCUUCGAAACAUCGGCGAGGCUUCUGCUUGGCCUUUGAACAAAUUGGACUUGCCGUUGGUGCCUAUGUACAAAUGCUCUACACCGCACUCUGGAUAACGGGCACAAAUUUUAGCCCGAAUUUGCUGAUGGGUUUAUGUAACCUGUUCUUUGGCUGCAUGGCCGCCUUCUUGACAUAUACACAAAAGGACUCGCCUGUCUUUCAUAUGCGUAAAGGUGAUGAGACCAGCGCUAUAGCCUGCGUCAAUGUGCUCUUUCAACCACCAAUUUUAACGGCAAAUAAAGAAAUCGCCAUAACGGAUAUCAAAAUGUAUGUGGCAAUGAAUGACUCGAUGUCAGUGUGUAAAAGCUUCGCCAAAGGUUUAGUGCCACUCUUCAAAAUGAUCAUCUACCGCAGCAUGCUGUCGUUCAUCAUAUCGUUGCCAAUUAUGCUGGCACUGAAUAAUGGCGGUAUUAUUAGUGCGCCGAAUGUUAUAAAUUGGCAUCCGAUACUUUAUGGUUUUCUUGGCGUGCUUGGUCCCGUCGUGGCCUCAACAACGCUGGGUGGUAUCGGUCACAAAUGGUUAAGCUUGUUUGCCUUACUAGUGUCAGGCGGCAUGUUUCUUGGCGUGGGGAUUGUCUAUCAUGUGGAUUCGAAUCUUUCCGAUGAAGUGAAGAUGUCUAUGGUUGUAGCUUUGCUUAUGAUUGCCGAAUUUCUUGGCGGUAUCUUCGCGCCCAGCACAACCGUAUUUCUCGGCGAGGCAUUCCCCCUAAAAGUGAAGCCGUACUUUAUUGCCUUUUGCAUAAUUGUACAAAUGCCCGAAACGCGCAAGAUGAAGCUGCGUGAGGCGCAAGAACAAUUCACGUACUUUUUUAAUUUCAAAGUUUACUAAAGCUGAGCUUUGAGGUAUAAUGAAAGCUAUAUAGCUCGUUUGAUGAAAGCUCUACUUAUGAGCUCGUGUGCUUUUAAAGAAAAAGCGACGCCGUUGUGUUCUAUUGUUUUAAUUUUACAGCGCGAUAGAAAAUGCUUACAUUUUUCUUAUACGAUUAGUUUUUUAAAAUUAUUACAUAAAUAUAUUUUAUAUGUGACGAAAAGUCUUAUUAUGUGUCUUACUUAAAAGAGGACGCAUGAAAAUGUGCAAAAAUAGUCAAUAAGUUUGAUAUAUGUUAGACUUGUAAGUUAUGAGUAGAAAAAAAAAAAUGUGUUUUUAAUAAACUGAAAGAAAAGCAUUUCUUAAAAAAAAAA